AUGUUAUUUUCUAUUAGUUACACCGGUGCUAAUCGUGGAAUCGGUCUCGGCAUAGCAGAAUGCUGUUUAGUUAAUGGCGCCGCAAAGAUCUACUCAAUCGAUAUUGGGGAAGCAGGCGAUGACUUCCAGAAUCUAUCUAACCAGUACCCCGGUCAACUUUUUGCAAUCCAGGCCGAUGUAACAAAGGAAGCCAGCAUUUCAACAGCAGUGGACAAGAUUGUUGAAGAGGCUGGGGCACUACACGGAAUGGUCGUGAAUGCAGGGCGGACAAAUCAUAAAUCGGCAUUGGACUUCACAACAGAAGAGAUCGAAGCGCUUUUCUCUGUUAAUGCAGUUGUUCGGAGCAUUCUACACUGCCAGCGCGUUCCAUCUACCCCCUACGGCGCGUCGAAGGCUGGCAUCCGUAACAUGACGCAUACACUUGCUAUGGAGUGGGCUCAGCAUGGCAUCCGUGUAAACAGUGUUUCUCCAGGCUUAGUGAACACUGCUAUGACAUACUGGGUCCCACAACAGCCCGACUGGGAGCAGCAGCUUAAGUAUUAUGGAGGCUUCCCACGACUGGCCGAAGUGCAAGAAUUGGGUGGUGCGUAUGUUUACUUGCUGAGUGAUGCCGCUUCGUAUACAACAUCGAUUGACAUCCCUGUGAAUGGUGUCAUUGGAAUCUGUUAA